CAGUGUUGAGGCUUCAGAUCAAGGGGCUGUCUGCAAUUUCUAGUUAGAUAUACACCUUUUGUUGAAGACUUCAGAUCAGAGUAACCUCGCAAAAUUUUAUUUCGGCUUUUGCAAAUCAAGAAUAAUUGGUUGUAAGUACAAACAGAAUCAAAUUGUCGCAUCCGAAGUCGGUGGUGUUCAACAUAGAGCCCGGCGUCCAGUGAAGAUACCAAUUCCAAUAACGUUGUGCAAGUUGUAACUAUUAUGUCGUGCACGAUUAGUUCUUCUAGAAUGUUUAAUCGGCUUGUAAAAAGGGCAUGUAACACAAGUAUACCGGCACUUAAACAUAUGCGCUGGCUAUCCAGUAACCCUGGUGUUAUGCAAUGCUGGUCCCUUGACCAAUAUGGCGGGAAUGAAGUCUUGCAACUGAACACUGUAGAAAUGCCUUCUGUUCAAAGUUCUGCUGAUAUUCUAGUGAAAGUACACGCUGCUUCAGUAAAUCCAUUUGAUAUACGAAUGAGGAACGGUUACGGAUCAAAGCUAUUAAAUUUAUGGCGUAAAACUAAAGGAGCUAGCGAAUUCCCUCUUGUUUUGGGGAGAGAUUUUUCUGGCGUUGUGGUUAAAACUGGAAAGUUGGUACGCAGGUUUAGGCCUGGAGAUGAGGUUUGGGGGUCACCUACUGUACCCAAUGGAGGAACUCACACUCAGUAUUUGGUUGCUCGCCAAGAUGAGAUUUCUCAUAAGCCUGGUUGUUUAAGUCAUGUAGAAGCUGCUUCUCUACCUUAUGUUGCAUGUACUGUAUGGGUUGCUUUAGUAAGCAGAGCGGGACUAAAACCUGAUAAUUGUUUUGAAAAAAGGAUACUGGUUUAUGGUGGAUCUGGUGGUAUCGGAACAUUGGCAAUUCAGCUCUUAAAGGCCUGGGGUGCRCAUGUUACCACGACCUGUAGUACUGGUGCUAUUGACCUUGUCAAGUCAUUGGGUGCAGAUCACAUUGUCGACUAUAAAAUCAAUGAUGUAGAACAAGAACUAAGGGAGCUUCCAGGGUUUGAUGUCAUUUUAGAUCCAUUUGGCUACCAGAAUCAAAAGAUGGCAACGAAUCUUUUAUCCUUCUGUACAGGGGCAGUUUAUGUCAACCUAGCUCCGCCAUUAUUGAACGAAAUUGAUCGCUUAGGGCUUGGCAAAGGAGUUAUUUCGUCUGGUCAAUCUCUUGUCUCCUCGUUCGCCAAAAAGGAAACUUGAGUGCCUCAUUGACAUAACUUAACCAUGGGUUGGCUAUUCAAAGCUACCGUUUUGGGUGCCACUGCAGUCGUCGCAGGGGUUACUGGAUAUAUGGCAUGGAAAUACUUCACUAAGGUAAGCACAUUUUAAAAAGAAAUUUCAUUUUCCRUGCAGUUUUCUAAUGAUUUUGUACUUUUCUUUCAGCCGUCUGAUCCCGAAAUUGAUUCAUCAGAUGAUGAAAGCUGGGACGAAGGAUGCGCCAAAGGUGAAAGUCAACGCCAGCCACCAGCAGCCCAGGCGUCUACAUCCUCAGCUCCUCCACCGCCUAAGGAAGCGGAGAAGCCACCAAAUAAGACUGGGGAAAAGCCAGUGACAAAGCCAGCGGUAGCAAAGAAGCCAGCUGACAAAACAGCCAAGCAGACGUACUGCGGCUUUAAGAAGGGAUUCCUUCUCUAGAGGAAAAAUUCUCGUUUAAACGGUAACAGAAAACUAUGCACGGCGGACACUACAAAAAUUACCAAAAAAAAUCAAAAAAACUCGCAUAAAAAUUACCAAAAGAAAAGAUAAACCAGAAAAAGUAUUUACAAAAUCACAAAAAUAAGAAAAUGCAUAAAAAAGACAAAUUGAGUGAACGAGAGAAUGACAAAUGGGAGUCUAGKUAUUAAAUUAAUAAUUGAAUUUAGGCAUUUAGGUUUUUAAUUUGAAAGAAUAGUGAGAAUAAUGUAGUGUCGAUCAUCCAAAAAAUCAGUGUCUGCCAAUUGCAUGUCGGUUUUUUGUGCCGUUUUUUUUGUAAAUAGUCUUCAUUUUCUACUCAGUAUAUAAACAAAAUCUGGAACUGUAAUUAUUGUAAACCUCAACUCUUUUUUCUAUACAUGUAACAAUAUCUGAACCCUGUGAAAUAUAUAAAAACUCUUGAUUUGUAAUAAAACAACUUAUAAAGAAAUACAGUCUCAUUUCAAUUUAGUUAUUGAAAGGGAGCGAAAAGAUAAAUGAACAAACGAGAAUAAUUUUCUCUUCAGAUCGAUGAACUCUCGUGCAUUCAAACAAAGAGCUGCCGCAUUAUAUAAACAGACAUUCCCUCGCGUGUUGCGGAAUGAAAGCGUGAACGACUAGUUUGUCCAGAAUGUACUUUUGAACGUUUUUCUUUUGGACGAAAAUAGUGCUGAAAUAUAAUAAUAUUGCUGAAGAAGAGAAAACUUUGAAGGAAAGUAGCACUAAACUAUAGAGUGUGCUGUGUCGACGUUUCUAAAGAAACUGUUGGUAAAAAGAUAAAUUUGAAACGGUAAAAAAUAGGUAAAACAACUUAACGUUUCGGACGCCUUCGUCGAAGCAAAGAGAAACGUGAGUAAAGUUGUUUUACAGUUUUACGGUGUCAAAUUUAUCUUUUUACACAACUGUUACUUUGAAGACAGACUGAUCAUCUUAUGGAUUCAGUUAGUUCAAGUUGUCUUUAUCUCAGAGCUUUUUUAAAAGUAUCAACAUMUUGCAGAGACAUGAGUCGUAUUUCAAUAUGGCUGCCGCAUAUGAUUCUUUGCCACUUUGGACGCAUAUUCAUUUGCAAAUAAAGUCUGUUUGUUUAUCAGUGACAAGACUUUUUCUUUUAACUCUAAACUUCACAUAUGUAUGUUUGAAUACUUCUAAAGGAUAUGUGUGUUGUCAUUUUCAGUACGAUUAAUAUUUGAGCAUCUGGAAAUUGCGCGAGAGGAGGUAUUUUUUCCUACUUAUCAAGUGAUUGCAAACAAGAAUGCAGUUGCCCUAAAAUAAACCAUUGCUGAACAUCUCUUUUUAUUUAGGAGCCAGGCUGMAAUAAGAAUAGGAUUUUACCAUAUAAUCAGUCCUUUUAUUAUUGAUCUAGUAGAAGGUUUCUGAGUAUUUCAAACAUCUAAAAUCUCAGUUGCGCAAAACUUCAUAUUUGGAGACAUUAUAAAUCACACACAUUUUGACAAAACUUUAGGAAAACAAAGCAAG